UGCAUCAUCUAACGAAGUUUUUUAUAUUCUUUUUUAUAUCAACUUUUUCUAAAAGAAUAACUGCGACUCAUAGUCGGUUUUCGAGUGAAGUGAAAUUUAUGCACUGCCUCUGUAGUGUUCCUGUGGAUUACAGAUUAUAUAAAAUAAACUGCAUGGAACGUUUUGUUUCUCCUGAUAAUGCAUUUACGCUUGCUCGAAGUGUGCAAUACUGCGGUUAUUUUGCCUACAAAACGAAUUUUGGCCAGACGAUGCGACAGGGUGUGAACAUUCAAGAUUAUAACCCAUGGGAACCAGCAUCAGAUCUAAAUACAGAGAAGAUAUGCGGAUACACUUACAUUCGGCCAGACAUAUACAUGGCUCCAAGCAUUCAGGCUGUUACAAGUAAAGGCUGGGUGAUUUCGAAAUGCAUCCUGAAUAUGGCAAAGAUAGAUGGUACAACAGCACGGACAAUGCUUCAAGAAUGCUGCUGAACAGAAAUAAUGAUCAAGCCGAAAACGUGGAAAGGAAGAUAUUUUUUGUAGUUUGAAAUUAAUGCAGAUCUAAUAAAAUGUUCCCCGAUUCUUAUAC